UGAUAUGAUGGUGUAUCCUUCGUCCUUUUGUGUUGCUCAUGGUCUCAUGCAUUGGGAAUUGCUGCAGAGGACCCUUGCCAAUGAAAAUCAGCUCUUUGUGGUUACAGUUUCGUCUUCACGCGAUGAGACCGCUGAUUUCGUUUCAUAUGGACACUCGAUGGUUGUGGAUCCAUGGGGCAGAGUGAUGUGUGAAGCUGGUGAGGAACGUGAUAUUAUAAUCGCUGAUAUUGACUUUACGAUGGUGGAUGAAGUUCGAAAGCAAAUUCCAAUAUAUGGACAAAGGCGAACAGAUAUUUAUGAUACCAUUAAAAUUUGUAAAUAAAGUGAGGGAUUAAAACGGA